UUACGGGUUCACACGGCCUCGUGUUUUGGUUCAUCGAAAUCGAAAAUCGGGGCACAUUCCUCGAGGAAGGAAGGAACGCUCCUCGAGUCGGCCGGUUGUUUUUCUCUCAUUUUGCGCGAUUACAUUAUUAGUCUCCUCGAAACAGGUUUCUGCGACCAAAGGCUGAGCCGUUGCUCAAUCGAAGUGCCGAAGAUGAGCAAUGUUUUUACUAGUAGUGGUUGUGUUGUGUAAGUGGCAAAUGCACGACGAUGAGAUUCGUCCCGCUUCUCGUGAUUUCGUUCGUGUGCGAUGUGAAAGUAGCAGAGGAGGAGGAGGAGAAAGAGGAACUCUUUAAAUGAGAAUCGUAGAAUGGCCGGUUGGAGUAGAGCGAGGCAAGGCUGGCAGGAAGGGCAUGGUGUGCGUGCCGGUAUGGCAUCGCGGAGGAGGGGAUGUCUCGCGCGUCCCACUGUACUAAAGUCCUUCGCUCCUCUACAACUACUAUUCGAGGCAGAGUCGCCAGUCAGUGUCAGUCAUCACGCGAAAGUGUUCUUAGAAUCGAUCGAAACUGAUCGCGUUCUCGUCGCUGAAUUAUCUCUAAUAUUCGAUCCUGCGCUGAGGAGAAUCUCGAUGAAAAGAUUCGUAAAUCAAAAAUUGAAUUCUCUCCUCCAAUCGAGAUGACGGGAAGCUGGAAGACCAUUUUCGUAACUGGGGGCGCCGGUUAUAUUGGCAGUCACUGCAUUGUCGAGCUCCUGGAGUGCGGCUAUGACGUGGUUGCUAUAGACAAUUUCGCGAACAGCGUGACGGAAACCGACGGCGAAUCUGCUGCGCUCAAACGAGUCGAGCAAAUAACAGGAAAGGAAGUCACAUUUUACAACUGCGAUUUGCUCGAUAAAGAGAAGCUCGAGACCGUCUUCAAUCAGCAUAAAAUAGAUUGCGUAAUACAUUUCGCGGCUAUUAAAGCCGUUGGCGAGUCGAUGCAAGUUCCGCUUCAUUAUUACCGAAAUAACAUAAUAGGAGCUAUUAAUCUACUCGAGGUGAUGAAAGCAGCCGGCUGCUUUCAACUUGUAUUCAGUAGCUCUUGCACAGUUUAUGGCGAGCCUACAGAAUUACCUAUCACAGAAGAACAUGAAACCGGCAAUAUUACCAACGUUUAUGGUCGCACUAAGUACUUUAUCGAGGAAAUGCUCAAGGAUAUCUCCAGAGCUGAAAAGAGUUGGAACAUUGUAUCCUUAAGAUACUUCAAUCCAGUAGGUGCUCACCCAUCGGGAUUGAUUGGCGAGGAUCCGACGAAACCAUUUACAAAUUUGAUGCCGUAUAUCGCUCAAGUUGCAUUGAGGCACAAGCCGGAGUUGAUCAUAUUCGGUGGUGAUUAUCCUACGGAAGACGGCACAGGUGUCCGCGAUUAUAUUCACGUUAUGGAUUUGGCUGCUGGUCAUGUGGCAGCGUUAAAUGCUUUGCAUAAACAGCACCUCAGGCUUAAGAUUUAUAAUUUAGGCACUGGCAAUGGCGUGACUGUGUUGAAUUUAGUAAAAACGUUUGAAAAAGUCACCGGCACUACUGUGCCGUACGUUAUAAAGGAGAGAAGAGAGGGUGACAUCGUGUCCAUGUAUGCUAAUACGGAUUUAGCGAAAAAAGAACUAGACUGGACAGCGAAGUACAACGUUGAGCAAAUGUGUGAAGACUUCUGGAGGUGGCAGACGAUGAAUCCACACGGUUACCGAAUUUCAUUAAAGAAUGGAACUACAGAACACCUGAACAAUACAUCAUAAUAAUAAAAUUUUAUCGAGAAAUUUGUGCGAAUACAUUGUAAUAAAACAUCGAUUCGUUAUCUUGUAAUUUACAUUUUUAUAAUGUUUAUAAAUCUAUCCCUUACAUUU